AUGCCGGGCAAAAUCACCUUUUAUAUCGACAUUGUCAGUCCCUUUUGCUACAUGGGGUAUUACUUCCUAAGGCAUUCCCCAAUCUUCAAGUCCGUCGAAGUAACGUAUACGCCCAUCCUGCUGGGCGGGCUGCACAAAACCUGCGGCAACGUUGCGCCCAUCGACAUCCGGAACAAAGACAAAUGGAUCGAGCGCGAACGGCUCCGCUGGGCCCGCCAGUUCCACAUCCCCAUGUCCGACGCACAACCCAAGGGGUUUCCGAAGCCGACGAUCCAGGUCCAGCGAUUUCUGACCAGUUUGUGGCUGGACGGUCAUCGGAAGGCGGGCACGCAGGAUGUGUUCCUCAAGGCGGUGGACACGCUCUGGGAAACGCUCUGGACCAAAGGGGACGAGGGCGAUCUCUCAGACCCGAAGGUGUUCGCCAAGGUGCUGACGCCAGUAUUGGGCGAGGAAGUGGUCAAGCGACAUGUUGAGAGGCUGGGGAGCCCGGAGGUCAAGAAGCAGCUGGUGCAAAAUACGGAGGCAUCGUUCAAGGACGGCGCGUUUGGUCUGCCGUGGUUUCAAUGCGAGAACGUCAAGGGAGAGGUGGAGGGCUUCUGGGGGUUCGACCAUCUUGGACAGGUUGUGAGGUUUAUGGAGCUAGAUGGCAAAGGUGAGGUUCGUGCGCUGUUGUAA